AGGGUAAGUGCUGCGGCUCCAGCGGCAGCGCCUCUCGCUCCCGCUCUCGUCUUCCCAGGGAGAGCGAGUGUGUGCGUGUCUGUGCAUGAAGGGGAGGUGUGUGUGCGUGUGCGUGUGUGUGUGUGCUGCUGGUGGUGGUGUUUCUUCUUUUUUUUUUUUUUUUUUUUUUUUUUUUUUUUUUUUUUUUUUUUUUUUAAUCAGGAGCUCUGAAUGAAAGCCAGUCAGAGGGAGAGCUCCCCCUUAGCUUUGGUUCCCGGCUGUCCAGAGUUAAGUGAUGCUGGGAGAAAAAGCCUGAGUUAGAUCCAAGUAGGAUCAGUCUUAGAAAAUAACAGGAAAAAAAUAAACAAAAAAGGACUCUAAUAGCUCGCUUUUCAGUUUUGUUGGGGUGGACACUACUUCUACUUUGUCAGAAGCAAAAUAAAAGGAUUUGGUUACUAUGUACAGUUCAGAGAUGAGUUGCUGGAAACUGCUUGGCUGCAUCGGCAACUAGAGACAUAAAAAGCAAGUCAAGAAAAACAAAACUGUAGACUCCAUCGCUGACCAGCUUGAAGAGCAUCAGCAGUGGAGAACUAUGAUAAUACAGCAAGCCCUACUACUUCUGUUGCUCUGGAUGUGGCUGCCACAUCCCUGCCACACAGAAAUGCUGUUCAGAAGGACUCCUGAUCUCAGACCCAAAAGCUUUGGGGGACGUGCAUCAGGGAAUGAUGGAAAAGCAAUUCACCGCCAGAAGCGAGGCUGGAUGUGGAACCAGUUUUUUCUUUUAGAGGAAUACACAGGAUCUGAUUAUCAAUAUGUAGGCAAGCUUCAUUCUGACCAGGACAAGGGAGAUGGAUCCCUCAAAUACAUCUUGUCAGGAGAUGGGGCUGGUACUCUUUUUAUAAUUGAUGAGAAAACGGGUGACAUUCAUGCUACUCGGAGAAUUGACAGGGAAGAGAAAGCCUUUUACACCCUGCGUGCCCAAGCUAUUAAUAGAAGAACUCUGAGACCAGUGGAACCUGAAUCUGAGUUUGUCAUCAAAAUCCAUGACAUCAAUGACAAUGAACCAACAUUUCCAGAAGAAAUUUACACUGCUAGUGUUCCUGAAAUGUCAGUUGUGGGUACUUCUGUGGUGCAAGUUACAGCUACUGAUGCUGAUGACCCUUCAUAUGGAAACAGUGCCAGAGUAAUUUACAGCAUACUUCAGGGACAGCCAUAUUUCUCUGUGGAACCAGAAACAGGCAUCAUCAGGACUGCUUUGCCGAACAUGAAUAGAGAGAACAGGGAGCAGUACCAAGUAGUUAUCCAGGCAAAGGACAUGGGAGGCCAGAUGGGUGGAUUAUCAGGGACCACCACGGUGAACAUCACUUUGACUGAUGUCAACGACAAUCCACCCCGAUUCCCCCAGAGUACCAUCCACCUCCGCAUCCCCGAGUCCUCCCCAGUUGGGACAGCCAUUGGCAGCGUCAAAGCCACAGAUGCAGACACUGGAAAAAAUGCAGAAGUAGAGUACAGAAUUAUAGAUGGCGAUGGGACAGAUAUGUUUGAUAUUGUGACACAGAAGGACACACAAGAAGGCAUCAUAACUGUGCGAAAGCCACUGGACUAUGAGACAAGACGACUUUAUACCUUGAAAGUAGAAGCUGAGAAUACCCAUGUGGAUCCACGCUUCUAUUAUCUUGGGCCUUUCAAAGAUACAACUAUUGUGAAAAUCUCUGUAGAAGAUGUAGAUGAAGCUCCUGUCUUCAGCAGAUCUUCUUACCUUUUUGAGGUGCAUGAAGAUAUUGAGCUGGGGACAAUAAUAGGAACAGUAAUGGCACGGGAUCCUGAUUCGGCCUCAAGUCCCAUAAGGUUUUCUUUGGAUCGUCAUACUGACCUUGACAGGAUAUUUAAUAUUCAUUCUGGAAAUGGGUCCAUCUAUACUUCUAAGCCACUUGACCGUGAGAUAUCACAAUGGCACAAUCUUAGCGUUAUAGCAGCUGAGAUCAACAACCCCAAAGAUACUACUCGUGUUCCUGUCUACGUAAGAAUUUUGGAUGUUAAUGACAAUGCCCCACAGUUUGCUGUCUUUUACGACACUUUUGUCUGUGAAAACGCAAGAGCUGGACAGCUUAUUCAAACCAUAAGUGCAGUAGACAAAGAUGACCCUCUUGGUGGACAAAAAUUUUUCUUCAGUUUAGCUGCUGUUAACCCUAACUUCACUGUUCAGGAUAAUGAAGAUAACACUGCCAGAAUUUUGACAAGAAGAAAUGGCUUUAGCCGACAUGAAAUAAGUACUUACCUUCUACCGGUGGUGAUAUCAGACAACGACUACCCGAUCCAGAGCAGCACUGGCACGCUAACCAUUCGCGUAUGUGCCUGCGACAGCCGGGGCAACAUGCAGUCCUGCAACGCGGAGGCCUUGCUCCUCCCUGCUGGCCUCAGCACGGGGGCACUGGUGGCCAUUCUCCUCUGCAUCAUCAUCCUGCUAGUUAUAGUGGUGCUGUUUGCUGCUCUGAAGAGGCAACGAAAGAAGGAGCCUUUAAUCCUCUCUAAAGAGGACAUCAGAGACAACAUUGUGAGUUAUAACGAUGAAGGUGGUGGAGAGGAAGACACCCAAGCCUUUGAUAUUGGCACACUGAGGAAUCCUGCAGCUAUCGAAGAUAAGAAGCUUCGACGGGACAUUAUCCCCGAAACGUUAUUUGUACCACGAAGGACUCCUUCAGCACCAGAUAACACAGAUGUCCGAGAUUUCAUUAACCAAAGGCUAAAAGAGCAUGAUACUGAUCCUUCUGCACCGCCGUAUGACUCGCUUGCAACCUAUGCCUAUGAAGGAAAUGAUUCAAUAGCUGAAUCCUUGAGCUCCUUAGAGUCGGGUACUACUGAAGGAGACCAAAACUAUGAUUACCUCCGAGAAUGGGGCCCUCGGUUUAAUAAGCUAGCUGAAAUGUAUGGUGGAGGAGAAAGUGACAAAGACACUUCUUAACCUACAGUAGGCAACAUAUUUGUUUCCUUUGAGCAGAAGUAAUUUUACAGACACCUUCUGCACUCAACAGUAUUUAACAUUCAGGAAAAUUUUCCUGUCACUCAGCACAAUGGUUUCCUUUUAAAGUUUGUUUUAAAUUUGUCCAUUAAUGUCAUUCAUUCUUUCUAGUAGGAUGCCACUUGGAAUAUAUACAGCAUUUUAUUUAAUCACCUUCCAAGAGCCAAAGCUAUGGAAAUUCAGUGUUGUCCAUUUUAGUAAGUAAAAUAAUAUCUUACCUUCAGAAAUUUGAACAGGGUGAUAAUCCCUUAAGCAACCUCAUGUACAAGCCGCUUCUGUUAGGUACAUGUCCUAUCCUUGCAAGUGCAGCUUUUAAGAUGGCAAAGAAGAAAAAAAAUCCAAUAUGUCCUGUUCUGUACAUUAAAAUUAAAACAAAAUGUACACGUGGUGUUAAUAAGUGUAAUAUGCAGCUGGUUUAAAAAAAAAAGUUUGUGCAACUUCAUUUCAUCAAAUUCUAUCUGCCAAUGUUUUAUAUUUAUAUUUUUGUAUUUAUUUUUAAGAAAUAAACCAGUUUUUACAACUAUGCUGAUGCUUGCCUGCCUGUUCUGGCCAUGAAUUCCAGGCUUGAAGAGAACAUGAAAUUUCUCUGAUGAUAGCACAGCCAACUGCUGCAGUAUUCGCCACACAUCUAACACAGUCUGAAGUGCUUGUGCUCACAGGGAGAGGAUCAAGUUAUAGACCUAUUUGCUUGCCCAAAGGUUCUACUUCCUACAGUUGUCAUGUUUAAAAGAAAAUUUGUUUUAUUAUUGAGCUGAAUUAAUGAUAUUCUAUUCUAGAAAGAUGAACUAGUAUUUUGUCUCAACUUGAAUUACUUUAAAAACAUGCUGGUACAACUAAUUCAUUCAAACACAUAAAAUUAGGUUCAAAACUGAGUUUAUCUGUUCUAUAGUUCUCCAUUUUGAAUCAUAAUUGCAUCAUCAGAGGUGAUCUAUAACUGCAAUGGAUAAAGUGUAAAAAGCAUAAACAACCAUUUUUAAGCACCAUCCUUUUCCGAAGACAAAUCAUUUGAUGACAAACCAAUGUGUGUUUUAUUGCAACCAUCUGAGGGUAACCUGAUCUUUUUUAAAAACUGUCAGGUUGAAGGCUGACAAUCUGUCAGUAAAACUAGCACACCCCGCACCCAAUUUACCGAGUUUUCUGAUAGCUUAUCAUAGAAUCACAGGAUGGUUUGGGUUGGAAGAGACCUUAAAGACCAUCAGUUCCAACCCCCCUGCUGCGGGCAGGGACACCCUCCACUAGACCACGUUGCCCAAAGCCCCAUCCAACCUGGCCUUGAACACUUCCAGGGAUGGGGCCUCCACAGCCUCUCUGGGCAACCUGUGCCAGUGCCUCACCACCCUCACAGUAAAGAAUUUCUUUCUAACAUCUAAUCUAAAUCGACCCUCCUUCAGCUUAAACUCAUUACCCCUUGUUCUAAUACUACCUGCCCUGGUAAAAAGCUUGGAGAAGUCAAGUAAAAAGAAACAUGAGCAACUAGCCAACUGUAACAGAAAUUAUACUUUAGCUAUCACAAAACAAAGUAGGUAUCCCAGGACAUUUUAAGAUGUCUCUUUUUUUCUUUCAAUCUUUAGAUUACACAAAUCUAUUUGGUAAACAAGCACUGUGAUUUUGAAAUAAUGCUGAAAUGAAAUAAUUUCAGAGAAAAAGCAGAAUGUCAUAGGGUCUGUAUUUAAUUAUUUAUUGUGGAAGAAACACAUCUGAAGGAUAAUCCUCCCCUCUGUCUCUCUUAACUUCUUUCUGACAUAAAAUCAACAGAUACUGAAAAUAUAUUAGUCCUUUGAAAAGUGCAAUACUGCAUUCUCAUUUGAUCAGAUAUUUCUUCUUCUUCUUAAUGGAAUGAUUAAACCUAAUGAAGUUGAAAGCUGAAUACAGUGCCAUUAUGCAAGCUAUUUUGGUACAAUGGAGACCAAAUUUUUAUUGACUUGAUAUCAAGUUAAACUAUUUGAUCUCUUAAGAAACUGAAGUUUAUGGAUUUUUCUUCAUUUCACUCAAUAAUACUUUCAUUAACUAAGGAAUUUUAAAUUUCCUUAAUAGAAAAUAAUUCCAAGAACAUUAAGAAACAUCUUAGAUAAUCAGCAUUACAAAGCUUUGUAGAAGUCUUACAGGCCAUACAAACCAUUGUUUAUGAUUCUUCUUUAUGAUUAUCUAGUGAAAGGGACCUAUUUUUUAAUUCCUUCCUAGUCUCCAUUUGUCCUUCAACAAUGUGUUAUAGGAAGAAACAAACAAACAAAA